CACGUCCAUUCAUGUCCGAACUCUCGCCGAGGCAAGGUCGUUACACGCGCUUCUGAACUUUUGAACUGCGCGGUUGCUGCCGCGCGUCGUCACCGAAACGUACGGACGUGGUGUGGCCCAAACGCCCAAAUUGAUUUCAUUUCGAAAAAUCCACAAAAAUGAGAAACAGCAUUUUAGAGCAGUGCCAGUGAGAAUUUCCAUCGGAAAUUGAAUAAUACGAAAACCAAUACAAAUACACGAAAAUAUCCAAGAGAAAUUGGCGAACAGUGAAACAAGAAACCAGUGAAAUAGUAGAGAAAACCAGAGAAAACCCCAAAAUUCCCAUUAAAAUGUCAAUUCGGGAUUGAGAACCAGAGAAACGCAAACUACUCCCUAGAACAUCUCAGAGAGAUUCUGCUCCCUGUUCCCCCAAGAAAUACCCAGAAGUGCAGCCGGAAUGGAGUUCCCGCUGCUGCUGCUCCUCGUGAACGUACUGCUGCUUGGUAGCGCCUCGGAUUGGAGCUGCCUGGCAGCACUGUCGCCCAAGGAGAGCGGCGACAACUCUGCCAGUGCCAUGCUGGGCGGAGGCGCUGGCUCCGCCUCCGUCUCGCUCUCGGGCGACUAUUCCUCGCUCCUGUCGGCCGCCAUGCCACCCGCAUCCGCCGACGACUCCUCGCCAGCAGCGCCCGCCCACAGCGGACCGAGCAACCAGUGCUCGUGGACGUACAACGGCACCAGCUCCGUGCACUGUGCCCUGCGGCUGAUCGAGCGUCAGCCAGGUCUCGAUCUCCAGGGAGCCGAUGGCAGCAGCCAGCUGACGAUCCAGUGCAGCGACCUCUACCUCUUCGAGUCCACACUCCCGGUGGCGGUGUUCGCCCGCCUGCAGACGCUGGAGACGCUGCGCCUGGAGGCGUGCAAGCUUCUGCAGCUGCCCAACAACGCCUUCGAGGGCCUGGGCACGCUCAAGACGCUGCGUCUGAGCAGCCACAACGCCGAAUGGGGUCCGGCCAGGGCGCUGGAGCUCUAUCCGGACUCGCUGAACGGCCUGAAGCAGCUCACGGAGCUGGACAUGAGUGACAACAACCUGAGGGCUCUGCCCGCGGGCUUCUUGUGCCCCGUGGGAAACCUGCAGGCGCUCAACCUGACCCACAACCGCAUCCGCACCGCUGAGCAGCUGGGAUUCGCGGACAUGAACUGCAGCGGGGGCAGCGAGCUGCAACUGUUGGACGCCAGCCACAACGAGCUGCGCUCCAUCACGGAGAGCUGGGGCAUCUCGCGGCUGCGACGGCUGCAACAUCUCAACCUGCAGCACAACAACAUCUCGGAGCUGUCGGGGGAGGCGCUGGCGGGGCUCGCCUCACUGCGGAUCGUGAACCUAAGCAACAACCACCUGGAGACGCUGCCCGAGGGCCUGUUUGCCGGCUCCAAGGAGCUGCGCGAGAUCCAUCUGCAGCACAACGAGCUGUACGAGCUGCCCAAGGGGCUGUUCCACCGGCUGGAGCAGCUGCUGGUGGUGGACCUGUCGGGCAACCAGCUGACCUCCAACCACGUGGACAACACGACCUUUGCGGGACUGAUCCGCCUCAUCGUGCUCAAUCUGGCGCACAACGCCCUCACCCGGAUCGACUACCGCACCUUCAAGGAGCUCUACUUCCUGCAGAUCCUCAAUCUGCGCAACAACUCCAUCGGCCACAUCGAGGACAACGCCUUCCUGCCGCUCUACAACCUGCACACCCUGAACCUGGCCGAGAACCGCCUCCACACGCUGGACGACAAGCUGUUCAACGGCCUCUACGUGCUCUCGAAGCUCACGCUGAACAACAACCUCAUCAGCGUGGUGGAGCAGGCCGUGUUCAAGAACUGCUCCGACCUGAAGGAACUGGACCUCAGCUCGAACCAGCUGAACGAGGUGCCGCGCGCCCUCCAGGACCUGGCCAUGCUCCGAACCCUCGACCUGGGCGAGAACCAGAUCAGGACGUUCGACAAUCAGAGUUUCAAGAACCUGCACCAGCUGACGGGGCUGCGGCUGAUCGAUAACCAGAUCGGCAACAUCACAGUGGGCAUGUUUCAGGACCUACCCCGGCUGAGCGUGCUCAACCUGGCUAAGAACCGCAUCCAGAGCAUCGAGCGCGGCUCCUUCGACAAGAACUUCGAGCUGGAGGCCAUCCGGCUGGACAGGAACUUCCUCUCGGACAUAAACGGGGUGUUCGCGACGCUGGUGUCCCUGCUCUGGCUGAAUCUCUCGGAGAACCACCUGGUGUGGUUCGACUACGCCUUUAUCCCGUCGAACCUCAAGUGGCUGGACAUCCACGGCAACUACAUCGAAGCCCUGGGCAACUACUACAAGCUGCAGGAGGAGAUCCGGGUGAAGACGCUAGACGCCUCUCACAACCGCAUCACGGAGAUCGGCCCCAUGUCCAUACCGAACACCAUCGAGCUGCUGUUCAUCAACAACAACCUGAUCGGUAACGUCCAACCCAACGCCUUCGUGGACAAGGCCAACCUGGCCCGCGUCGACCUCUACGCCAAUCAGCUGAGUAAGCUGCAGCUGCAGCAGCUCCGCGUGGCGCCCGUGGUGGCACCGAAGGCCCUGCCUGAGUUCUACCUGGGCGGCAAUCCCUUCGAGUGCGACUGCACCAUGGACUGGCUGCAGCGGAUCAACAACCUGACCACCCGGCAGCAUCCCCGAGUGAUGGACAUGCCCAACAUCGAGUGCGUGAUGCCGCACGCCCGCGGCGCUGCAGUGCGUCCGCUGAGCGCCCUGAAGCCCCAGGACUUCCUCUGCCGCUACGAGUCGCACUGCUUCGCGCUGUGCCACUGCUGCGACUUCGACGCCUGCGACUGCGAGAUGACCUGCCCCCAUAACUGCACCUGCUACCACGACCAGAUCUGGUCCACCAACGUGGUCGACUGCGGGGGCCAGCAGACCAUGGAGCUGCCGCGCCGCGUCCCCAUGGACUCGAGCAUCGUCUAUCUGGACGGCAACAACUUCCCGGUGCUCAAGAACCACGCCUUCAUCGGCAGGAAGAACCUCAAGGCCUUGUACGUCAACGGGAGCCAGGUGGCGGCCAUCCAGAACCGCACCUUCGCCAGCCUGACGUCGCUGCAGAUCCUCCAGCUGGCGGACAACCGACUCCAGACGCUGCACGGCUACGAGUUCGAGCAGCUCUCCUCGCUGCGGGAGCUCUACCUGCAGAACAACCUGCUGGCCACCAUUGAGAACGCCACCCUGUCGCCCCUGGUCUCGCUGGAGCUGCUCCGCAUCGAUGGCAACCGGCUGGUCACGCUGCCCAUCUGGCAGCUGCACGCCACCCACUUCGGCAGGCGACUGCGGUCCAUCGCCCUGGGACGGAAUCAGUGGAGCUGUCGCUGCCAGUUCCUCCAGGCCCUGACCUCGUACGUGGCGGAGAAUGCGCUGAUUGUCCAGGAUGCCCAGGACAUCUAUUGCAUGGCGGCGCCCAACACGGAUGGCUACGACGCCGCAUCCUACGACAGCAGCUCCUCCGAGGGAUCCCUGCAGAAGCGGGAACUGGACUUCAAUUCGACGGGAGCCGCCUGCACGGACUACUACUCGGGUGGAUCGAUGCUGCAGCACGGGAUUCCCGAGUCGUACAUUCCCCUCCUGGCCGCCGCCCUGGCUCUGGUCUUCCUCCUAGUCGUCAUCAUCAUCGUCUUCAUCUUCCGGGAGUCGCUCCGGAUCUGGCUGUUCGCCCACUACGGCGUCCGAGUCUUUGGCCCGCGCUGCGAGGAGUCCGAGAAGCUAUACGACGCCGUGCUCCUGCACUCGGCCAAGGACUCGGAGCUCGUGUGCCAGCACCUGGCCUCCGAGCUGGAGACGGGCCGUCCGCCGCUGCGUGUCUGCCUGCAGCACCGUGACCUUGCCCACGAUGCCACCCACUACCAGCUACUGGAGGCCACACGGGUCUCCCGUCGUGUCGUGAUCCUGUUGACCCGUAACUUUCUGCAGACGGAGUGGUCACGUUGCGAGCUGCGCCGCUCGGUCCACGACGCCCUCAGGGGACGCCCUCAGAAGCUGGUGAUCAUCGAGGAGCCAGAGGUGGCCUUCGAGGCGGAGAGCGACAUCGAGCUGCUGCCCUACCUGAAGACCUCGGCCGUGCACCGUAUCCGGCGCUCGGACCGCCACUUUUGGGAGAAGCUGCGCUAUGCCCUGCCCGCCGACUAUCCCACCUAUCGCGGCAACAACUACACUCUGGACCACAACCACGAGCGUGUCAAGCAGCCCGCCAGCCCAGGCCUGCUGUACCGCCAGGCCCCGCCACCCGCCUACUGCGGCCCAGCAGAGGGAGGCGCCCCCAGCGCCGCCACAGCUCCAGCCGAGCAGAACUAUUCCACGGCCACCACUGCCACCCCCAGUCCCAGGCCCCAGCGACGCGGAGAUCACCACGGAGGAGUCUCUGGCUCUGGGGCGGCUGCCGCACCGCACGGCCAUCACUUGCACGCCCAGUACUACCAGCACCACGGCAUGCGGCCGCCCUCGGAGCACAUCUACUCCAGCAUCGACUCGGACUACUCGACGCUGGACAACGAGCAGCACAUGCUGAUGAUGCCCGCUGGCCCCGUUGUCUCGUUGGAGGGGACCCCCAGGGCCCAGACCUGGCGCCCCAAGCAGCAACAGCAACAGCAGCCGGGCUUGCAGUCUGGCCCAUCCUCAGUGGGUCAUGUGGCCACAAUGGGACCCAGUGGCAAGACCCCACCCCAGCAACAACAGCAACAGCAGCAGGCAGUCGGAUCUGGCCAGCAGCAAGGUCCACAUGUCCAGGCGUAUCUCGUCUAGAGAGGAGCAGCAAGAGAGGGAGGAAGAGUAAGAGGAUACAGAAUGUGGCAUUCUGAGAGAGUGACAGUGAUUUCUUUAGGGACUGGUUCCUGUGCAUAAUUUUAAUUACUAAAAUAUGUGCGAGUUAAGCUAAGAGAUUAGAACGAGGGGAGCAUGAGCCCUGAGAAGGAAGGAAGGAAGGGAGGGAGAGCAGAUGAGGAGAAACUAUCCAGAGAUUUUAAUGUUAGACCCAUCCACAUACCGAAAACCCCCAGAAAACAAGCAGCAGGAAGCGCCUACAAAAAUUUUUUUUUUAUCUAGUGUAAAGUCAUUUUAGAUGCACUAAGCAAGCAUACGAGUACUCGUAGACAUAGGCACACAAUGCACACAGAUACAGCUACAAGAUACAGAUACAAGAUACAGCUGCAUUUAGUAGCGGAGGAGAGCCAAGCAGGGAAUGCAGUGGUAAUGGGAGUGUGUGUAUUCGCAGAGGGCGAGGGGGAAACUAUGUUAGCACAAUGCCAUUUCAAAGUUUUCAAAGUUUGCCACAGCAAAAGAAAGUUUUCCCCCACACGACUCCUGCCCGGGCUUUCAUUUGCUUAGCGCUGAGAAUGGCUCUGGAGAAUUCCGGAUAACUUUUUAAUAUGGUUUUAAUCAGUUGGACCGAACUAUUUGGCAUCCGAGGCACAGAGAUUCAUGCUCUCGGCUGAACUUUGGAGAGCCCUUGAAGCUUAGAAGUAAAUUGAUUGUUCCGAAAAGUGGCUCUCUGCACGCCCAAUCCCUCAGUACGAGUAGUGUCUGGCGUAUCGAUUUGUAAAUAGCUCCCACUACCAUAAACAGCAUUCAUAGUUAUUUAAAUACUGAUAGAUAUACACACAUAAAUACAUAGAUACAGGCUCGAUGCAUUUGCAGAUAUGUAACCAUAACCGUAUCCGUAUCCGUAUACGUAACCGAAACCGUAAACUUAUAGCGAUAAUUCAGCAACCACAUUCGAGUGCACAGGUAUGAUUCGUUCGAAUAAUGCACAGCAGCAGCCGAAGGCUCAGAGAUCAGUAAAUCGGUAAAUGGAAUCGGCGUGGUUGCAUGUGUAUAAAGCAUUCAUAAUUACUUAGCUAGCAAACCGAAAGGAGGACUCAUGAAUCUCGAAGCUCGAAGCUCGAAACUCGAAUCUCGAGUGGUUAACUACAAUAUACCAAUACGCAGAGACAGGCAGGCGGCAGACAGACACAAGCUCAUUUUAAACACUACGCUUACCAAACACUAACGAUAAUUGUAAUGCAACUUUUGCCCCAUGGCGUAUACACAAUAUUCAUACCUACAUACAUAAAAUACAUAGAGAUACAUACAUAUAUGUAGUAUGUAUUAUUCAGUGAAUAUAUAUAUAUAUAAAUGUGCGUGACUGUGUAAAGUAAAACUGAUAUUAGCGAACUGCAUGAGGUUUGCUCCAUAUAUACCAUAUACACAUACAUACAUACGAUAUAUAUAUCUAUAUCUAUAUCUAUAUCUAUAUAUAGAAUACCCGAGAAAAUGUUUAAAAACUGCCUAAAAAACAUAUGAGCAUUUAUUUCCGAUUGCAAAACUCGCCUACUCGUCAUUAGUUAAGCAAAAAUCAGUUGAAAACUAUCGCCAGAGUUGGAGAUACAAAGAGGGUUCCUUGCGGAACUCCUACGGAACGGACGGAAGGAUGGAAGGACGGACAAACACUUGUACCAGUAUGAAAGCCCAAAACUGUUAUUUAUUUUUAUCAUUUUGUAAUAUACCGCGAUAAGUUGUAGGUUUAGUUCUUUAAGACGACGAUUGAUGACGCUCUAUGAUAAUGGAUAAUUUUUUUUUUCGAUAAUUCAAUUUUUUGAAUAAUAACUAUUUAUAUACUAUAUACAUACAUCUAAAUCUAUGUACGACUACAACAACAAAACAAAGAUAUUUUUCCGUGUCGCCAGCGAACAAUGAAAAUGAAAUGAACAAUUUUUUUUUAAACAA